AUGUUGAUAUUCGAUAUUGACGCGUUUACGACUGUUAGAAGAAAUCAGAUCAUCCAGCUCAUAGAUCUAUCAAUUGGUGCUCUUCUCAAAUCCCAAAAACAAGCCAAGACAUCAACUCAACCUGAAACAAAACCAUCAAAGCCAAAACCAAAAGUAAUCGAAAAAGUUGAACAAUCUUCUGAAUCUGAAUCUGAACCCAAACCUAAACCUGAAUUAGGUCCAUCGUCUUCAUAUCCUAGAAUACAACAACGAACCAAUAAACAUGCACCAAUGGCAAUGUCAAGUAAAAGAUCAGUCACCAGAAGAAGAACAGUAGUCGCAAUUGAAAGAGAGAGAGAAAGAGAAGUGUUAAAGAAAUGGAAAACUGAAGAAAAGGCUAAACAACAGGAUGGCGAGAAUCCAUUUUAUCUUAAGAAAAAGGAACACAAGGAAGUAAUUCUGGCUGAUCGAUUCAAUCACUUUUCUCAAGAUAAGCGCAAGUUACAAAAAGCUGUCGAACGUAAGAGAAAGAAAGUCGCUGGUAAAGAAAAGAAAUCUAUGCCUGCUGAAAGAGCUCGGUCUUGA